AAAGUGGACACACUACCCGUUGACAAUAUGCUCUGGACAUCAGCGACUAUUGUUGCGGGCCUUGUGGCGCAGGUUGCAAGUUAUAACUUGACCAUCCUACACACCAAUGAUGUGCAUGCACACAUCGACGACUAUGAAGAGAAUGACCUACUCAUAGGCAGUGUGGCUCGCCGGAAAACGGUCGUAGAUCGUGUUCGCGCAGAGAAAGAUAAUGUUCUGCUGCUGGAUGCCGGAGAUCAGUUCUCUGGUACGCUUUGGUUCUACGUGUAUGAGGGACAAGCGGCAGCUCAUUUCAUGAACAUGCUGGAAUACGAUGCCGAGGCUUUUGGCAAUCACGAGUUUGAUCUGGGCUCGCCUGUACUCGCGGAGUUCUUGGAUACGGCCAAUCACCCAUUGGUAGCGUGCAACAUAGACGCUUCAGGUGAUCCUGAUCUAGCUGGAAAAUUCGUUCCAUAUACUAUUGUGGAGAAGAGCGGCCGAAAAAUAGCUAUCAUAGGAAUCACCACACCGGAUACCGUCUUCUUAGCGAGCCCUUCUGCAGAAACCAUCUUCUCCGAUCCAUUGGUGAAGGUGCCCGAGGCUAUCGCACAGGUGAAGGAGGAAGACCCCACAGUCAAUAUCUUUAUUGUGCUGGGUCACUACGGUUACGACAACGAUAUUGCGUUGGCACAAGCUGUUCCUGAGAUCGACAUCGUUGUCGGCGGACACUCGCACAGUUUCCUGUACGGACCACCGGACUCUGAGGGUGCCACCGAGGACCCCCUUGGACCUUAUCCCACCGUCGUAGAGCACGCAGACGGCACUCAAUCCUUGGUAGUACAGGCUUACCAAUACGCCAAGUAUAUGGGAGAUAUCGACCUGGUUUUCGAUGAUGCCGGUCAAAUUACUGGUUACAGUAAUCAUCCUAUCAUGAUCACAGCGAACGCCACGGGAGAGUUCGAGGCCAUUCCUGCUGACCCCACCGUACAGGCCGAGGUUGAACUCUGGGGACAUAAUGUCACUGCCCUCACUCUGGAAGAAAUCUCUCAAACGGCUGUCUUCUUGAUGGGAGAUCGCACUGUAUGCCGCAAACAAGAGUGCAAUCUGGGCAAUCUCAUCGCCGAUUCGUACGUUUACAGAAUCAUGAAUAUGAUAAAAAAUAAUGAAAAGGUUGCAUUAGCCGGUCUGAUGAAUGGGGGCGGUAUCCGUUCAGAUAUCGAAGUAGGAACUAUCGCGUAUGGAGAUGCGCUUAAUGUGCUGCCGUUCGGUAAUGAGAUCAUCUCCGUUGAUAUGCCCGGCAGUGCCUUGUUGGAAGCUUUGGAGCAUGGCGUCAGUAUGGUAGAGGAAGGCGAGGGCAGAUUCCCCCAACUCUCGGGUAUUCGCCACAAAUUUGAUCUGAGCAAACCCGUCGGAUCGCGUAUCGUGGACGCGGAGAUUCUGUGCCAAACACAAGCUCAGUGCAGCGACAACGAUGGCAGACCCCACUAUGUGGACAUCAACGUGAAUGAGAACUACACCGUGGUUACUCUGAGCUACCUGGCCGGUGGAGGCGAUGGGUAUGAGAUGUUUGCCCCGCACCCUACGGUCAACUACAACUUCGUAGACGCGGACAUUUUCAUUGAGUACAUUAAGAUGCAAGGUCUGGUGUACCCGGCUGAGGAAGGGCGUAUUGUGCAGAUUGUCAAUGGCACGGCCCUGAACUCGAACUGGGUCAGUACUGGUGAAGAGGGUGUAGAGAGUAAUGGGGUCAGUGCCGCCGCAGCUUCUAACGCGACCAAUACCGAGGUAGAGGCUGCCGAACUCUCGUCCGCUGCUCCGGCAUCUGAGGCAAGCACUGCGGAAUGCGAGGCUAGUAGUAGUGGACUGGAUACGGUGUGGGUAGUGGUGAUUGCCCUUCUGUGUGCCGUGGUUGGGGCUGGCGCGGGCUUUGGUACGGCAAAGAUGAUGGGGUCGAGUCAUAAGGAAUACGAUACGUCCGAGAGCCGAACCAACUUGUAGAGUGUAUUGGCACUCUAUACUUGAAGAGGUGUCCAGUUCAUGUCCUAUAUAUUAUUAAGGAUUCUGCUCAGCCAUAUUCAAGACAUUAUGGGACGUUGAAUAUUCGAGCGAGCUCGAUUUAUCAGAAGGGAUUGUUCAGUGAGACGUUCAAACAUUGUCAAUUUCAAUUUCGAUAUUAAGAGCUGCCCGCCCGAUAGGAUAUGUUUUCAGUCGAUUUAAACUAGGUUUAAAUCAUACAUUAUAGCUAUCAUGAUAUCAAUAAAGUAGUAGUAAUCUCUUCUACUCG